CCGUCUCUAGUAGCCGUUGACGGCUCUUGUAGUGACGGAUUAAGCUCUCCUGUAAUAUUUUUUAUUUUUCAUUGGUUUUGUGGAAAAAGAAAAGGAGUACAAGUAAGCCGCUUUACACACAUCAAUCUCCAAUAUCCCCUCUCUUAUUUUAUAACGUUAAUUAAUUUGUAGUUUGAGCUAGCAGAGUGGUAAUUUUGCUAGCAAGCUAGGGUAAACGUUACUUGCCAGCGACAGCGUGAGCAAUAAACUAGCUAACGUUAGUUAGUAGAGGGCUAACGUGAUUACAUUAUUCUGCGAUACAACUCGAGACAAGUCGGGACAAGACCAGUCUCAGGGCUCACCUUACUCAAUGAGCGGACAGCGCAAUGUCAGAGCGCUCUGGGCAAACUGCAAAGGGGAAGGAUGGCAAAUCCAAGUAUGCGUCUCUCAACCUGUUUGAUACCUACAAAGGAAAGAGCCUUGAAGCACAAAAGCCUGUUGUUCCCCCCCGCCAUGGCCUUCAGUCUCUUGGUAAAGUUGCCUCCGCGCGGCGCAUGCCACCCCCUGCCAGCCUGCCCAGUCUGAAGGCGGAGAACAAAGGCAACGACCCCAACGUCUCGCUAGUUCCCAAAGACGGCACAGGAUGGGCAAGCAAGCUGGAACCAGCAGACCCAAAGAGUACCGAUGUAUUGUCAGAACCGCAGCUGGAGUUGCCGCAGCCUGUGGUUUCACAGACUCCUGUACCGACCCGCCCGAGAACCCCGCCAGCUCCAGAGGUUCCACCUCCGGUUCCCGCCCCGGUUUCAGCCCAGGCCGCAGGGGCAAGGUCCUGGGCUCAGGCCAGUGUUACACAUGGAGCACAAGGAGAUGGUGGAAAGGGAUCAAACCAACCGUCGCCAUUCUCUCGAGAGGAAUUUCCCACCCUGCAGGCGGCUGGCGACCAGGACAAAGCUGGCAGAGAACAGGGCACUGCAGAUCAGUGGUAUGGGCCCGGACCAAGCCUCCGCCCUCCGAACAUGACAAGUUGGCGGGACGGUGGGGGCCGCGCCUUGGCACCCACCGGGGAAGGGGUCGCAGAGGGUGGCCCAGGCGGGACGCUGGUCAUGGAGGGGGCUGCCGUUGGUGGCCAGGAAGGCCAACCUCUCCACCAGCAGCAGAACCCACAGUCCCAUGGGCCGCCUAGGAACCCCCCUGCCAGCAGCCCCGUGCUGCCCCAGACCCCCGUGGGCCCUGGCUUCCCACAGUACAGAGGGAUCAUGCCUCCAUUCAUGUACCCUCCCUACCUGCCCUUCCCGCCUCCGUACGGCCCCCAGGGGCCCUAUGGGUACCCUCCACCUGGUGAGGCACCUCCCAGGUUUCGCCAGCAGGGUCAUGACGGUCGUGGGCGUCCCCAGGGCGGUCCCCGUGGUGGGGGAGGAGAGAUGGUGAAGCGACCCUCCAUCCUGAAGCAGGAUGACCUGAAGGAGCUAGACGAACUGGACCACCAGGACGGAGACGAGGGCUGGGCAGGGGCACAUGAGGAGAUCGACUACUCAGCCAAGUUAAAGUUCAGCGACGAUGAAGGAGAAGAAGAUGAGGAGAGGAACGAGAGACCCGAGAGGAGGGAAAGAAGCGAGAGCAAGAACGGCCCACGGGAGAUACAGAGGUCUCAAGAAGGUCCCCUUCAGGUGGUCCAGCGCUCCCGAGCCUCUGACAGUGGAGGGGACAGGGACACCAGCUGCACCCCUCCCUCCAAUGCCGACCACGACUGCUCCCUACCACCCUCAAGCAAGCCAGGAUGGGCUGAGGAGGGGUGCAACAGCGGCUGGGGGGGCCAAAUUGCACCCGCCACCUUCCAGGGGCGUAGGCCUGGACUGGGUGGCCCCCGGGAGCAGCCCUCCCCCCCACCUGGGCCUCUCCUCCACCAGGGACAGGGGCCUUACUCCUACUACCGACAGGACCGCAACUCUCCUAAUCAAUCCGGCCCGGUGGUAGCCCCCGGAACUGUCUCUGCCUCCCUGGCCCCCGGGAAGCCCGCCCCCUCCCCACUGCUCCAACAGCAGCAGGCUACUUCCCCCGUCCCCGGGGGACCCACUCCUCCGCCUCAGACAGCUAGUCUGCUAGCUCCGCCCCCUGGUGAAGACGAGGAUGAGACGUGGCGCCAGCGCAGGAAGCAGUCCUCCUCGGAGAUCUCAGCCGCCGUUGAACGUGCCCGCCGGCGCCGCGAGGAGGAAGAGCGAAGGAUGGAGGAAGAGCGGCGCGCGGCCUGCGCUGAGAAGCUGAAGAGGCUGGAUGAGAAGGCCCAGCAGCAGGGUGGUGGUGGGAGCAGCGGAGGCUCCAAGCCCCCCAGCCUGGACGGCAACUGCGCCACGGCCGGAAGCCCCAGCCCUUCCCUAUCGGCCUCGGCCUCCUCCCCUAACAUCAGCCAGCCACCUUCUCCCUGCGUGGACCAUGACGAGCCCCCCCUUGCUGUCCUGGCUGCCCAGGCUUUGACCAGGGACCUAGUGCCAGGGCCCAGUCCCACCGACAGACAGAGGGCCAAUAGCAACAGCAGCUAUGACUCCAUUACUGACACCCAGGUGUAUCCCCAGCCCCCCACUCCCCAACUGCAGCAGCCCUCUCUGGAGGUCCUGGUGCCUGGGGAGGGGAAGGAGGAGAUCCUAGUUAGUGCUCAAGUCCGCAGCGGAGGAGGUGGUGGAGGAGUGGUAGACCCAAUGAAGGUAGAGGGCAUGGGAGGAGGAGCAGGUCGCCAAGCCAGUGCACUCCCCGGACAGGGAUUCUCCAAGUACCAGAAGUCCCUGCCUCCCCGCUUUCAGAGGCAGCAACAGGAGCAGCUGAUGAAGCAGCAGCAGCAGUGGCAGCAGCAGCACAGCCAAGCAGCCCAACAGAGUCAGCAGCAGCUCCUGCCCCAGCAGCCUCAGCAGUCACCUCAGCAGCAGGGCCAAGGGGCCACCCCUCAGACCCAGGGUCCCAAGCAGCAGCAGUCUGGGCCCCUGCAGUACCCUCCGCAGGGCUCCAUGGGCCGCGGCCCCCUGCCCAUGAACUUUGACCCCCGCUGGAUGAUGAUGCCCUACAUGGACCCACGGAUGAUGCAGGGGAGCAUGCAGGGGAGCAUGCAGGGUCGCCCUCCAGGGCCCAUGGAUUACUAUCCGCCCAACAUGCAACACGCAGGGAUGAUGGGACGAGAGCGCUCCGAUUCGGGGGGCUCUGGUUCGGAUAACUUCGAAAGGCAGCAGCACCCGGGACACGCCCACCGUGGGACGCCCCCUAUGGACCCCAAACUGGCCUGGGGGCCCGAGGUGUUCCCCGCGGUUAGCGAAGGCAGGGGACUGAGUUCCCCUCUGAGACAGAAGCAGGCUCUGGAAGAGGACAGUGGCAGUGGGACUAGGAGUGACACCCCUCCAGUCCGUGGUUUGCGAGAGGGGGGGCUAGGCCCCAUCCAGCAGCCCAACUCUGGCUCGGGCUCCUCCAACCAGACCCCACCACCUGUGGGCACUCAGGUGGGGGGCCAGGGAGGAGGCAGUCACCACCACCAGUCCUACAUGGGAGGCCGGGGCAACUACAGCAACUUCCCCGACCAGGGCUCCCGCAUGGCCCACCAGCAGCAGCAACAGAGGGGUAGUGGUGGAGGCUUCAGCCACCAGGAUGAGGGCCAGGGCCACAAGGGCGGCCAGCAACAGGGCCAGAUCUGGGGGGCCCCCCGCCCCCACUACGACCGCAACGGGCGCACUGACCUCUCCCCCCUGGAGAAUAACAACUCCCACCACCCUCAACACCAUGGUCAUCAACAACAUCAAGCCCCCUCCCACUUCCCCCUCCAUCUCCACAAGUCCGAGAAUGGCCGCGGCGAGAGAGGAGGCGAAGCCCUGAAGAAGGGUGACCCCUCGCCCUUGCUCCAACAGCCGUCCCUUUCCUCCUGCUCAUCCUCCUCUUCCUCAUCCAGGGAGGACGGCAGUGGAAAGGUGGUCCUGCAUCACCUUCCACCUCAGCGCGAGGCCGACACAGGAACCGGGCAGAGACAUGAAACAGGAAGCAGCAGAGAAAUGAAGCAGGAUAAGAUGGGCCCUGGCCACAGCCACUCUCAGUCCUCUGUGACAUCUCAGCAGUCCCAUCCUCAGUCCCAGCAGCAGAGGCAGGGCCAGGAGCAGCACCACCACCGUGACCCCAAGCCCAACCAGAGGGAGCGAGGCGGGAGGGAACACAAGACUGAGACCCAGUGGGGGCCAAGGCCAGGCAGCAGCAACGCAGGGGGCCCCUCUUCACACAACAGGAGAGCAAUGGGUGGAAAUUCCCGCGGAGGGGAGGAUUCUUCCAAUCACCCAACAGCGUCUGACCACAACAAACCCGCCGGUGGCCAAUCGGGAGGUGGAAACACCAACAAGAGGGCGGGGCCUAUCAAGAGGCCUGUGCUGAAGAGAGAGGGAGGAGGGGAGGGCGAGGGAGGAGAAAAGACCAGCGGAGGUUUCGGAAAAGACAAAGAUGAAAGACAAGAUGGAGGCCAUUCAUCAGUCAAGCAGGAAGGAUCCUCCGGCCCACAGAGCUUCGCUGCAGUGUCUGGUAAAGAAGUGCCGGUUCAGACAGGUCCUAAACCCAGAAACGGAGGGAAGGAUCGAACAGCAAACGAACGAGGAGGAUUGGGUAAGGGGCCCAAAAAUGGGGUCAAUCCCACCCCCUCAUCAGGGUACUCUGGCCACCCCUCUAACAGGCGGGACAGAGAGCGUUCCUUUGAGAGGGGCGGUGGUGCGUCCUACCACAGCGUCUCGGCCCGUGGCAGCCGAGUCGGGCGAGGUGGCGAGUUCUACGGGCGCGGCCGAGGUUACAGAGGCACCUACACGGGCAUGGCUGGGGGUGGCAGCGUUAGCCGUGGCAGGGCAGUGGGCAGCAGGAGUAGCCGAGACUACCGAUCCGGCGGAGGCUACGACGAGGCAUCGGGGGGAAGGCGAGGCCGAGGGGCGUCGCAGGCCAACCCGGGGCGCGCCCGUAAUCAGAGCGAGACCCGCAGCGAGGGUUCUGAAUAUGAGGAGGUCCCAAAGAGGAGGAGGCAGAGGGGGUCUGAGACGGGCAGCGAGAGUGCCGCCAGUGACCUAGCCCAGUCGGACAAAGAAGAUCGCAAGUCCAGCACCAAGAACGGCAGCGGCACAGAUAACGUUACCGGUAGCGGCUUCGCCCCACCCAGAGGCUCCCAUACCCGGGUGUUCACCCCCAGGGGUGUGCCCUCCAGGAGGGGCAGGGGGGGAGGUGGUGGGGGAGGUGGCGGCGGGGGAGGAGGUUCUAUCUAUAAAAGUGGUGGUGGAGGAGGAGGAGGAAUGGCUGGAGGUCACAGGUCAGGAUCUAGGGCCGACCCUCACGGCUGGGCCUCCAAGUCUUCAGCCUCGGUCCGCAAGCAUCAGGCCCCAAUGCAGUCGGCCGCACCCAAAGACACGGGUCGUGGAAACAGUGGGGAGAAGAAGGAGAAGGCAACGGACGGAAGCCAAGCUCAGAAUCAGGGAGGAGCAACCCCUCCACAGUCUAUCCCCGCUACACCUACUCCAGCCCCACAGAGCUCCACAGAGAACGGAGGAGUUGGGAUCCAGCAAUCCAUGGCUAACCCCACUACCAACUCCAGCGGGCCCCUUCCACUUCCUCUCUCUGUGCCGGAUGGGCGUGGCUUCCCUCGUGUCCCGCGUGAUGGCUUUGAGCGCCCCCCGAGACGCCGUCGCCACGGGCGCUCCCAGCAUCAACAGGAUAAGCCACCGCGCUUCCGGCGGCUGAAGGAGCGAGAGAACGCCGCUCGCAUCAACGGAGGAGUCGGGGUCAUCGGAGGAGGACGACCCUCCUCGCCCGGACAGAGUUAUGUUCAGGAUGUCGCUGACGGCACUCCCAACGUGGCUCCCACAACAUGCAAUGCCCCCAAUGCUAACCCCAAUGCUACUACGGCUACCAACAACAGCAACAACAGUACCGGUGGCCAUCUUGGAAGUGCAAACAGUCACCACCACCACCACUACAACCAGGGAAUCUCUGGCCAGGCCAACUCUCAGCAUCACCACAACCCAGCAGGGGGUGCCAAAUCCCCUGACUUCUCCAACCAGAACUCCGAUCAGGCCAAUGAGGAGUGGGAGACCGCCUCCGAGAGCAGUGACUUCACCGAGUUCCGGGAGAGGGAGGGAGGAGGAGGGAAGUCCUAUUCCUCCCAUCACCAUCAUCACCCACCCGGAAGAGGUGGUGGUGGAGGCGGGGGAGGAGGAGUAGUCGGAGAGCGAGAGAUGACGGCGAAAGAGCAGGCGGCAAACAAGAGAAGCUUCUCCAGCCAGCGUCCCGGGAUGGAGCGACAAAACAGGAGGGUCAACGCUGGAGGAAGAGAAGGAAGAGGCCCACGGGGCCCGCCCAGUGGUGGUGGAGCCGGAAAUGGAGGGGGCCAACGCGGCGAGCGCCGUGGAAACUGGCCCUCCCCCAAAAACAGGAAGUGAAGUGGAAGAUCUGGAAACAUUUCAAAUGCAUCCACCCCGCCCCACUGUUAUUUAUCCCUUUGUCUGUCGUUCCUUCAGCCUCUGUUCUCGUCCCUUAACAUAUUCGCACAUUAUUGUUCAAUACAUAGUUAUGGAGACAGUGUACACACACGUUAGGCUUCUUUCGCUCUUCAUCCAUCUUCUAACUCCCGUCCGUUAUUGUAGUGUCACUCUGCUCCCCCCUUUUCAGUUGUACCCCCCACCACCCUUCAGAAUUCUACCCCGAUUUAGGAUCAGCAGACACGCUUGUUCGUUUUGAACACACACCUUUUGACGGAAAACAUAAAAAAACAACACGUGUUUGCAUUUACAAGCACAAUAUGACAUACACAAUCACGCGUAGUAGUUUGUGUGUAUGCAGUAUGAUAUGUUAAACAUGUCAUGAUAAACAUGUUGGAUAAAUUGGCUAACCAGGAGAAGGCAGAUUUUUAUAUUUAUGUACCUGUGUAUAUUUCUACCACGCUUUGGAAUGGGGUGGUAUUCUGUAGGGCAGUUAUCUACAUUAUAUGUUCCCACGUGGGGUGGGGGGGGUGCAGGUUCUUAUUUUAACGAGAACAAUUGUACCAUAGAUUUAUACAAAAUAAUUAUCUUUGUUUUGUUUCCCCUCUUUGCCUCUUGUCAGUUUUGUUUCAGCCCCCCCUUCAAAAGUUAGGGGUGUGUAUUUUUCUUCUGCAAAGCAGGUCUCGAAAAUAACUUUUUAUACAAUUCCCCCCACCUCCCUCUGAGUUUUUGAUCUCCCGACGAACAAGUACAUCUCUUUAAUUACUGUGACAGCCACAACAGGCCAGCUGAAGUACUACUGCUCACCCAUCCACACUCUCCUGAUAUUGACUUUUGUCUCUAAUAUCAAUGUCUUUGCUGCUUGUUCAGAACUAGACGGUGUGAUUUUGUUAUUGUUGACCUGCUCUUGUUACUUUCUGUUGCUCUUUUGUUCCUGUUAGAUAAAAGGUUCUCUCAACGUAGCAUUCUCUUUUCACAAGCUGCAGACGUUCUAUACCAGGGGUCUCAACCUUAUUCCUGGAGAGCUACCCUCCUGUAGUUUUUCCGCUCCAAGCCCAGUUGUAACUAACCUGGUUCAGUUUAUCAACUAGCUAAUUCUGAGAAAUGUGUGUGCUAGAUUAGGGUUGGUGUGAAAUUCUAGUAGUGCUCAAGGAACAGGGUUGGAGAGCCCUCUUAUAUACACUGCAAAAAAGGACGUUUUGCUGAAGUAAGAUUCUCUCCUGUUCAUCAAGUUUGUUUACCAUAAGAACACUGAAUUAAUAGCUUGAAUGCUUUAUAUAAAAAAAUAAAACAAAUACAUUUUCUGUGGAGGCAAUUUUUUUUCUCAAGAUAUUUUCACAUGAAACUUCUGGUCAGGGAAACAUUUGUUCACUGAAAAUGCAAGUCAUGUUGCGAGAAAGAAAUAUAAAGUUAUAUGCUAAUAUUUUAUUUUACCGUUUGACUUUUUUUCAUUUUUUUUCAAUUGAUAAAUGAAUCCACUCCUAUAGUAUAAAGAACUGGUUGGUGUAUUUUUAUUGAAAAGUUUGUUACAUGAUGCAGCAGGUGUCGUACUCUGGUUCCAGAGUGCUAAGUUUGGCCAUCAGAGUAUUGUACUACUAUAUUCAUGCUGUCCUACUCAAUAUAGGUAGGCGCUCUACUCAAAUACAACUGCACUGUGCUGUAGUAGAGACCCCUGUAACAAAAGUCGGGCUGGCAAGAGCUCCAUAUUGAGGAAGUAUUUUCAAAGUGUACAUUAUUUCAAGACAACGUUUCCAAAACCUCGGUGGCAACUAUAUGGCUCAAUUGAUCUGAAUCUUGGACUAUGGUGGAAAAGGGCCAGGGUGAUGUGUUGUCACACCACUGAUUUCCCAAAUGUCCAAAUACAUUUGCAAGGUAUAAUACUAUUCUCCAAGAGUGUUACAGGGAAUACAUGGGUUUAGAACUUCUGAUGUAGACUGACUGAUUCACAAAAUGGCUUACAGCUGGUUUUGAAAAUUUGAUGGAGGCAGGGGGGGCAGCAUCCAAGUUGAAAUGGAUAAAAUUAUAACUUUUUAUUUUAUUUAUCUGCAUACAUUUUUCACUGCUUGUAAGUUGGGGUUUGUUUGUUUACUGACAGCCACCAUUUUAAGAUUAGUUUUGGGAUGUUUUGUAGGGCAUUUGAGUGUGUGCAUGCUUUUUCUGGUGUCUAUAAUAACUUCUUUUUUGGGGGGGGGGGGGGGGUCAUGUGGAUGGCAAACGCUUUUGCCUUGUUUGCCCACACUUAGUUUUAAGAACUAUAUUAAGACAAUUCUACAGUUCUUUCUUAUCCAUUUAUGUAUAUACAUUCAAGUAUAUGUUUAUCCCAAAUUAAGUACAUAAUCAGUUACUUGGGUAUAAUGCCAUUUUUGCCAUACACCAAGGCAGGCAAAAAUGAAGUGGCUACAUUUUAUUUUCCACUGACUUCUACUAAGCAUUACCACAUCCAUGGGUGCAGCUUGCCUUGCCUGUGAAAAAAAAACAUUGGUAGCCAAACACUUAACACAGGCUUAUGAGCCCUGCAUCCUUCCUUAACUCUUACUAUUGAUGUGCUCAUAUUGUAUGUAUCCAUGUUUAAAGAAAACGAUAGUGUAUUCUUGAAAACCUCAAAGAUUGUACUAUAUUUACAGCAUUACCAAGGUACCUGGAGUGGUUAAAGCUGUUCUAUAAUUUAUGGUUUAUUAAUGGAACCGUAACAUACCAAUAUAUACAUGUGUAUAUAUCAACGUUUUUGUCUACCCCAACUUACAUUCCCACAAACAAAUGUUGCCAUUUUUUAAGUUCAAGGGAGCAAUGUACAAGCAGAGAAGUGUCUUAUUAUAAUAAAAUUACAGAGAAUAAACUUUUGUUUUAAUGGAAAA